AUGGCCGUAGGAGACGCCUACAAGGCGCGACAGGCCCAGAAACAAGCCGCUGAGGCUGCGGCUAAGGCAAAUAGUUCCGUCGUCAAGGGCAAGGGCGCAGAAAUCGAGCACGUCGAAGCCCUUGCAAGCGGUGGCAGCCUCGUGAAAGGGAAACUCGGCAAACGACAGCGUCUGAAAAGGCAUUUUGCACGAUUCUGGUGCUGUUACCUUCUCGCCGGCACUAUCUUCCUCGCCAUUUUUCUGCCGGUCUUCUUCCUCGUCGCCAUUCCUGCCAUAGCCCAGCGCCUUGUCGAAGAUACCUCGCUUCCUGUCUACGGCGCGCACAUCACGAACCCCAAGCCGGACGCGUUGACAUUCACCCUCGACUCAGGACUUAGCGUACCACUCGGCCUAAGCGUGCGGCUUGAUCCCUUCAAGCUAGAUCUUUUCAACCGCGACUCCGACCCGGAGAUAACGUACCUGACCAUUCAGGUGCCGGAGUACAAGAUCAAGGGCAAGACGAACCUCACCGUUACCAGCGAGAACACACCGGUGUGGGACGAAGACGAAUUCGUCAAAGCGCUCACCAAGGCGGUUUAUUCAAAAAGAUUCACAUUGUCUGCGCUGGGCAAGACUACGGGGCAUCUCGGGGCUAUCAAGGCCGGGCUCACGUUGGAUAAAGACGUGGAAUUGGAUGGACUCGAUAAGUUAAGCGGUUUCUCCAUCGAUGAAGCCGCGCUCCUUAUCCCGGCCAUGGGCGAUGGGUCAAAUCUGCGCGGCAAAGCAACACUGCCAAACCACUCAGUUGUCACUUUUGCUUUGGGAAACGUAACCCUCAACCUCAAGUCCGGCGACAUAUUCCUCGGUACCGCCCUCUUACCGGACGUUACCCUCCUCCCAGGAGACAACAGCGUUGGCUUCACCGGCAAAGCAGACAUAACCUCUGCACUGGCUAACAUCGGUUCAAUCCUCUCAUCGCAAGCAGACGCGCUCAGGAACGGCGAGGUCGAGCUCAGCGCAUCUGGGAACCAAACGAUCUUCAACGGCGAGCACAUUCCCUACUUCGAGCGGGUGUUGAAUGAUCUCACUAUCACAGCCAGAGUAUCGAUCCUCAAGAUCCUCCUUGAUACCGUUAGCGAUUUCCUCGGCGAGGGGUCAGAGGGUGUGAUACAGUCCCUGACGGAGAUCCUCAACAAGAUCGACUUUGCGGCUCUGUUUGAGGGGGUCGAUUUUGAUUCCCUUGUUGGGAGUGUAGGCGAGAUCAUCAACAAUCUAAAUCUGGGACAGCUGCUCGACGGCAUCGACCUGAAUGAAUUCCUACAGGGGAUUGAUUGGGCGAAAGUCGUCCACGGCCUGGGUAGUAUCCUGGAACAACUCGAUCUCGGCGCGUUUUUUGAGGACCUCGACGUGGCGGGGAUAUUACAAAGUAUUGACUGGACAAGUCUGCUGCAGGGCGUAGCAUCCUUCCUCGCAGACAUUGACUGGUCCUCGCUUGCAACGACGCUCAGCACCAUCGUGAGCAGCGUAGACUGGUCCUCCCUGUCGGAACAGCUCCAGCCUAUCCUCGAGAAACUCGACAUCGGCUCGUUUCUGUCUAAUAUCGACUGGGACGCCAUAUUCGACAGUAUCGGCCCGAUCAUCUCGCAGAUCGAUCUCGGCGCCAUCUUCGAAGACAUUGACUGGAGCGCCGUGUUGAGGGGAUUAGGCGAGAUUCUGACAAACGUCGAUCUUGGGCAGUUAUUUAGAAGUCUCCUUGACGCAUUGAGCGAGCUGAAUUUAGGAGAUUUGUUUGAUAUCGAUAUUGGCGGGGUGAAUAUCAGUGAUGUGCUCGGUGGUAUAGCGGGUUCUGCAAAUGGAACGAGUGUGGAUGAGGCCUGGGAAAAUCUCAUGGAUGCCUUGGAGAACUUUGGAAGCAGCGGUAAUGACACUGCGAGCUCAUGA